GUUAUGCCCCUUGUUGAGCUUUUCUAAAAUAAAGGUUAUCAGAAAUGGCGGACGAAUGUGUUGACAAGUGGAUAGAAAUUGCAAAAGAAUGCAAAUAUCUUCCGGAAAAUGAUCUAAAGAAACUAUGUGAACUAGUAUGUGAACUUUUACUGGAAGAAUCCAAUGUACAGCCAGUGUCAACACCAGUUAUUGUAUGUGGAGAUAUUCAUGGACAGUUUUAUGAUUUAAUGGCCCUUUUCCGUACUGGUGGUGAAAUGCCAGAUAAACAUUAUGUAUUUAUGGGAGAUUUUGUGGACCGAGGAUACUACAGUUUGGAGACAUUCACAUUGUUAUUAACUUUAAAAGCAAAGUGGCCUGAUAAAAUUGUUUUACUCAGGGGAAACCAUGAAAGUAGACAAAUUACACAAAUCUAUGGAUUUUAUGAUGAGUGUCAAACAAAAUAUGGCAAUGCCAAUGCAUGGCGAUAUUGUUGUAAAGUCUUUGAUCUUCUGACAAUUGCUGCUAUUAUUGAUGAAUGUAUCUUGUGUGUACAUGGAGGAUUAUCUCCUGAUAUCAAAACCAUUGAUCAGAUCCGGACAAUUGACAGAAAUCAAGAAAUUCCACACAAGGGAGCCUUUUGUGAUCUUGUUUGGUCUGAUCCUGAAGAUGUGGAAAGUUGGACAAUUAGUCCGCGUGGUGCUGGUUGGUUAUUUGGAGCAAUGGUUACUAACGAGUUUGUUCAUAUCAAUAAUCUAAAAUUAAUAUGUCGGGCUCAUCAAUUAGUACAUGAAGGUUACCGGUACAUGUUUGAUGAGAAAUUGGUGACUGUCUGGUCUGCUCCAAAUUAUUGCUACCGAUGUGGCAAUGUGGCGGCAGUGCUAUCGUUUACAGACUGCAAUAACAAGGAAGCCAUGUUGUUUGAUGCUGUCCCAGACAACGAGAGAGUCAUCCCUACUCGAUCAACUACCCCCUAUUUUCUCUGACAAAUUUUUCAUGAAUGUGUAAAUAAAUGUAUACUUCCUCACUUUCCCCAUUGAUCUUUAAUCAGGUGAUGAGGAUGAUGAAGAUGAUGAUGAUAUAUUUGAAAUUUAAAAAAAAAAUGGAAAGACACCCAUUCCUCACAAUUUUUUUUUUAGUGAAAAAGACAAAGGAAACUCUUAAAUAAUUUGAAAUAAUUAAAAGAAUGGAAUGUUCAUAUUUUAUCAAACAUUCGAAAAGAUAAGAAAAAUAUUAGGCUAAUUCUCUUUAAUACCCUACCUUGUAUGUUCUGCAUUUCUCAUGCUCCUUUCAUAAAAGUUUUAAUUUGUUAUCUCUUUCUGUAAAAAAAAAAAAGAAAAAUGGCAAAAAAAACAACCAAACAAUGAAAAGUGAAAAAGUUCAGCUGUAAAAGGAAGGGACUCUAUGAGUUUCUUUCUACUUUUCCUGCCUUGGCAUCAUUAUAUACAACAUAUGCCGAAAAGUGACAAUACUGUAUAUUACUUGCAUAGAUAUACAUAUAUACAUAUUAUUCAUAUGUAUAUUUUAUAUAUUGUGUGUAUAUAUAUAUAUAUAUAUAUGACGGGGUACCCAAAAGUAACCAGAAACAUUCUCUGUGGGACAAACCUGUUAUAGUUCAGGUUACUGCUGCUAGAAGCCACUUGUGACCCUCAGGCAUCAGUCUGUCGACAAAUGGCACCCAGUUAGACCAUACUGCCACAUGGUGUGUCUUUGUUUUGCAGUGCUUCCCCGUUUGUUGAUUUUUGCAAUGGCUGAAAUGAAGUUAACUGUGCACUUCCAUGUAAUUCUGUUUCUUGCUGGGGUAAACGGUGGCUGAAACAGCUUGCAAGGACACUGCCGUGAGUAAAACACAAGUUUACGGGUGAUUUCCAUGCUUUAGGGACAGUUACUUGUUGCUUGAAGACCAACCUUGUUCAGGAUGACUGUCAACCUCCCGGACGAAUGAAAACAACAGGAAAAUUCAUGAAGUGAUCUUGGAGGACCGUCACU